GUCAGAUGCGUGCGUGGAGUGCGUGGACGUGGACUAGUGCGAGUGCGAGCACUGUGAAUGUGUGAAUACUACGAGUGUCGAGUACGCUGGCUGAAGACGGAGCCGAUCGCUGUCGUUUAUGCGCCUCGUUUUCACUUUCAUCGCAUGCAGAAUGAAAAUCCUGUGUAUCAUCUGUCACGACCUGCUGAUAUCGUCCGAAGACAUCUUUUUCACUCGCUGCGGCCAUGUGUUUCAUCACCGCUGCCUGUUGCAAUGGCUCGAGAGAUCGGAGACAUGUCCGCAAUGUCGUGCCAAAGUGACGGAGAAUAGGAUCCAUAAGGCUCACUUCACGGUUUCGAAUACCGAGACCGCCGCGGAUAAUGCGGACAAUUUGUCCUCGCAAAGCAGGAUCGACAGCCUGAAGUUUCAAAUCUUACUGAACGAAAAGAAUAUCAAGUACUACACCUCGAAGAAUGCGAUUCUGGAGAAACAGAAUGCUGGCCUUAGGCAGGAAGUGCGAAAGGUGGAAAGCGAGAUCAAUCAGAAAAACUCAGCUAUAUAUGCCCUGAGGGAACAGAUAAAGCAUUUUAAGGAAAAGUCUGAGUUUCUGAGAAAGAAGCUGUCUUGGGAAGAAAACAUGCAUAAUGCGUUGUCAAUGGGUACGCUUGAGGAUGUACAGGAAAUGGUUGGAAAUAGGACAGAUCGCAACACUUUAAUUAAUUGCAUUUCCGAUUUGAAAGAGAUAUCAUUAAAGAAAACGAGAAAAAUCGAAAGUCUUCGAACUCAACUUACGAUGCAUCGCGAUUCCCUAGCGGAAGAACGAUCUAAGAGCUCAGAAUUCGAGGAACGUUUGGCAUUUAGCGAAAGUGAAAAUUUAUCCCUACGACAUCGAGUUAAUCAACUGGAAAAGCUGCAUAAGAUUACGGACCAAAACUGUAUUGCAAAAUCUAGUAGCCAAAGAAACUCCAAUGAAAAUUCUUUGAUUAACGUACGGACAGUCGAUAUUUCUCCCCAGCAAGUAAACGCAAAACAGGAAACUGCAGAUCAAAAUGGUUCAUCGUCUCCAGAAGUUGAAAUCAUUAAUGACACAUUCGACGACACGUUCGAGUGUCCAACUAUUACAAAAAAACCGAGACUGAAACGUUUGCGUUUAUCUUUAUGUUUACCAGGUAACAGUAGCGAUAAGACAAAUGAUGUAACUACGAGCGAGAAACACUACAAUAUUAUUGAUACGUUAACGCAGGAAUAAGUCACAAUCAAAGCAGAAAAAAAUAUUAAAACUAAAAGGUCUCUCGUGAUACUGUUAUCUUUAAAUUAAGCAUUUGUAUAAAAAGCAAUUCAAUAUUAAAAUUUAUUCUUGCUAUAGUUUACGUCAACAUCUGCUACAUUUAUUAAAUUAUGAACAGAGAAUACUGGAAUAUUAGGCUCGAUUUAUCUCUCUUAUUAGUAAUAGAAUCUCAAUUUUCACUCUUAUUUAAACUUCUUAUUUAAAUCUAGAAUUGACUAUAAUCGAACUUAGCUUUGUUCUUGAUGGUACACUAACAAUGUAAAAAUAUCGUAUAUUUUUUAUCUUCUUUCUUCAUGUUGUUACUUACGUAACAAUACGGAGAAAGAAAUGCAUAAGAAAAAAGAGAACUCCAAUUUAAAGAGGGAGUCCAGAAUAGUGGCGGAUCUAAAAUAAAGAGUAUUUAUCAAUUUCUUUGCAACAAUUGACUAUAUUAUUUUUCUACUGACAAUUUAUAUGGCAGAUGUGAUCUUCCAAUUAAUAUAUUUCGAAUCUUGUAUCAAUAAUAGUAAUAGAGAUAUUAUUGCACGAAGGUAUAUAAUGCUAAAGUCUGUAUUGAGAUUAAUAUAAAAAUUGGUUUGUAUAACUUUAGAUAUCAACAUGCUGUAUUGUAACAAGAUUUUAUUAAUCUAAAAACUAUUUUUAAAUACAGAAUAUAUAUUUUGUGUG